GCAAGCCUUGGAGGAGAGACGCGCAGCGGGCACCAGAUGCUGGGAUUGGUCGGACGCUCCACGUUGCACGAACCUAAACAGCAGCGUAAAGCAGAGACGGUCGGAGGAUGAAGCAGCCGGAGCAUCUUCAUCAUCCGAGCCAGGCGCACGUAUUUGCCGCGGUGGGUGAGAAAGUCAAAAUAGCAGUGUGUGACCGGUGCAUGAGAGAAUGGUGAUAAAUUAGACUGUCUUGGGAUAUUGUGUUGUUCCGCACCGGAUCAGUCUGCUUGACAGCCAGGCGGUAACGCAGCGCCAGACAGCACGGCGCUGUUUUCUACCUUCCACUGAGGAGCAUCCGCUGGCUGAAAAUCUGGGAUCUGAUCAUGGGGUUUUCCUUCUAGUAAUAUUGUCUGAGCUGCAACACGAACGUCGCCUGCGUCUAGAAAAAAUCAAACCAUGGGUUCCAGACUGAGCAGGCAGAGCAGCCUGGACAAUGAGAAUUUCUCCAAAAAGCGACGCAAGCUUCUGGAUGGCACCGGAGAGAGCGACAGGGGCAGUCGGGGCGGCGGGGACUUUCUGUUUGCACUGAUGCUGAAAUCAGACAAACUGCCUGGGAUGCUGCGGAGGACCAACCACAGCCCGUACAUGAGGCGAGUGGCGUGGAUCAAAGAGAUACAGAAGCUGCUCCGUGACCGCAGGAUAGAGCAGGCAACCGACGUGCUCAAAUUACUGAGGAAGGAUCUGGGUUUGGAAGGCACCUCCCUCAACGACAUCUUGUACAAAAACGCUGCCUUCCUCAACCUGGUGGACCCCAUCUCACACGAGCUGCUGCUCAGCCUGGCUCGAGAGAUGCAGUGUCCUAAGAAGGAUGCAGACACCAUAAAGUCUUCUGAUAAGAUUUGCAGACAGCUGAUCUACCACCUAACCCCGCACUCAAAGUGGCUGAGGCAGAGCAUGUCCAGACGGAAAUCCCAGGCCUGUCUCAAGACAACCCUACAGAAAAAGCUGUCCAGUGACUCAGUCGACUUGUCCGGCAUCCCUCUGUCCACUCGUGACGUCCGUCAAGUCGCCUUCUACCUCCAAACCAACAGAGACAGUGUGGUGGCUGUGGACAUCAGCUUCACCGAACUCCAGGACGAGAACUUGAGGCUUCUCCUGCCUCUUCUCGCUUCUCUGCCCAAACUCAGCACCCUGGCUCUCAACGGUAACCGCCUCACCCUGGCUAUCCUCAAAGACCUCACCGAGAUGCUCAAAGACCCCAAGAUGUUCUCCAGCCUGGCCUGGAUCGACCUGGGCAACAACGUGGAUAUUUUCACCAUGCCCCAGCCGCUGCUGGUCGCGUUGCGUCGGCGCUGUAGCCUGAAGAGCAGUUUACCAACCAUCUACGAGUACACAGAGGGCCAACCCUACUGCUACCACCUGGAGACUUCUAUCGAGGAGCCCAGCCUUUACGAGGAAGAAGAGGAGGACGAGGAGGAGGCGGAAGACGACGAGGAUGACAUGGGGAACAAAUUUGAGCUGGAGCCGUGGGGUUUAGGGCAGAAGCAGCUCUCCAAAGACUUCACCCUUCACUACUGUGAGAGGUGAUGAGGUAUUUUCUCUCUGAGGCUCUUUCCACUGUGGAUGAAAUGUCGUCCCACAGCACUCCGUUACUUCCUUCGUCCUCUCGCCCUCACACCACGAGCCCAGUCACCCUUCGAGGCACGAGGGAGACCAGUGCCCACAUUGUGAACUUCUCGUCGCGACACAGCUAUCAAGCAAUUCCUAACCAUCUCUGAGUUAACCCACACAAGAUAGUGACAGUCACAACGGCGGACUUACUGUGUUGGUGGAUGGUGCUCUUGGGAACAAGGUGCGGUUUCAUUGGAGGGGGGCUGGAAGAGUUAAUGAACCGGUGCUCGCUCUCUCUCUCUCUUUCUCUUUCUCUCUCUCUCUCUCUCUUUCUCUCUCUUUCUCUUUCUCUUUCUCUUUCUCUCUCUCUCUUUCUCUCCCUCUCUCUCUCACUCUCUCUCUCUAUCCCUCUCCCUCUCUCUCUCUCUCUCUCUCUCUCUCUCUCUCAGUGAUAGUGGCAGCUGAGGAGCCAGUCCCAAGGAGGUUUGGAUCAGUUGGUUGGAUGGAGGAGCAGCAUCCCUGCGGUAGCUGAAGUGGAACUGGAGUUAGUUUGGAAACAGUGGGUCCCUCUGGGUUCUCUACCAGGACUGAGACUAUCUCUGGCAGGCAGGGCCUAGCUCCACAUUGUGUGUUCUCUGUUAAUCUCUCAACAAAAGCUAUGACACAAGUUCAACAGACUAUACAGCCGACGACCUGUCACGUGACGCCGGCAAAACUGCUAGGUCAAGACUUUUUGCGUUUUCCCCCCCUUUCCAAAUGUCCACUUGUGAAUACCCACGCAGCCCUUGUGUAGAUGUAAAUGAGGACACAAAACAUGGCUCUGUUGUGUUUCCACAGGCUAUUUUUGUGCACUUUUGGUGAACAAAGCAAUCUUAGAAGACAACAGGUAGGACUCAACAAUGGAUAGCUGUCACUGAUUGUUUUUUGUACUUGCCUAAAUGCUGAUAUUCACCUCUUUGUAAUUAUUGCUCCGUUGUAGUCACCACCACAGUGUUUCAGCGCAUUAAUGACACCACAGCCAACUGUAAUAUGGGCCACUGAGUCUGUGUCCUUCCAACUGCCGUGUGUCUCUACAGAUAUGUUGCCAUUUCCAUGUGUUGAAAUUCAGCGGCCCUGUGUUUGCGAUGAGACGCAGCCAUGACUGUUAUCUGUUGGUUAUAGUCCGUCUACGGUAGCACAUGAUGAUUAAGUUAGACUGACCGAAACACUGCAAUGCACUUUAAGGCACUAUAUUCUAUUUAUAUUUCCGUUUCUCCAUAGCAUAUACUCUGUGUACACUGUUUAUAACUGACUGAGAUAUUUACAAAGCAGCAGCUGAAAGCAUACCUCUCCAAGGUGAAAUGACCAAAUGGCUCAUGAUUGUUAGAAGGAUCAUUGAAAACACCAUCACCAUAUAUAUAAUAAAUGUUUAAGUGUGUGUUAUGUGUGUUUGUAACAGUAAAACGUCUGAUUACUGCUGUAAUUAUUUGUGUUAUUGUUAUUGUUUUUGUGUUUUGUCUUUUGUCCGACUCGGUAAUUAUAAUAAUGACUCUAAUGAAACUGAGCCCAGUGACCUCCUGCUGUAAGCUCGAACAGUAAACAAAAGGGGGACGUGGCUGAUAGGAUUACACAGCAAAACAGAAAACAGUUCAGUAAAUGUGAUUUUCAGUCAGGGCAGACACCUCUUAUGUCGAAUGUUUAAUCUGAAUAACGGAGCGCACUGUCCACUCGGUUUGUAGUUUUUGUUUCGUGUGUCGACGUCAAACUCUUCCUUGUUGUAGCCUGUGUGUAUUUGUCUCAUGCCAAACACUGACUGCCAAUAAAAGAUCCGAUCCAA